GCUGCAGACUCCCUCCUUCUUACUGUCUGUGAGAUCGACAGUCUGCAGGUCUGCAGUCGGGUCUCAGCUCAGUGAGACCCUACUGCAGGAAACAAGCAAGGGGACCUCGGGGAGCUCGGAGCUGCCAAGGCACGGUAGCCCUGCCCUGUCUUGAGAGCUCCCCUCCCAAGGUCAGAGACCAAGCAGGUGCAGAGGCACUGCAACAGCUUGUUGCCCAGCCUCCUGAGUGAUGCCAGCCCAGUUGUUCCUAAUCUCCAGACUGGGCCUCUUGGUACUGCUGGGCACAGUCAGAGCAGGCCCUUUCGCUCCACGGUCCAAUGUGACUCUCCCAGCUCCACGUCCUCCUCCCCGGCCUGGAGGCCGCACAGUGGAGUCCAUAGGGGGAAGCCCCUCUUCUCAGCUUUAUGAGCACACUGUGGAAGGAGGGGAGAAGCAGGUGGUUUUCACCCACCGCAUCAACCUGCCCCCUUCAACUGGCUGUGGUUGUCCCCCGGGCACAGAGCCCCCAGUCUCUGCCUCAGAGGUGCAGGCCCUGAAGGUCCGGCUAGAGAUCCUGGAGGAGCUGGUGAAGGGGCUCAAGGAACAGUGCACUGGGGGAUGUUGUCCUGCCUCGGCCCAGGCAGGCACAGGCCAGACAGAUGUUCGCACUCUCUGCAGUCUCCAUGGCGUGUUUGACCUGAGCCGCUGUGCCUGCUCCUGUGAGCCAGGCUGGGAUGGGCCCACCUGUUCAGACCCCACAGGCCCUGGCAUUCUCCCAUCCUCCCCACCCUCAGCCUCUGGGUCCUGCCCAGAUGACUGCAACGAUCAGGGUCGCUGUGUCCGGGGGCGCUGCGUAUGCUUCCCCGGUUACAGCGGCCCCAGCUGUGGCUGGCCCUCCUGCCCCGGGGACUGCAAUGGCCGUGGGCGCUGCGUGCAGGGGGUGUGCGUGUGCCGGGCCGGCUUCUGGGGCGACGACUGCAGCCUGCGCUCCUGCCCCGGGGGCUGCAGCCAGAGGGGACGCUGCGAGGACGGCCGCUGCGUGUGCGACCCCGGCUACACUGGCGACGACUGCGGGAAGCGCAGCUGCCCCCGGGGCUGCAGCCAGAGGGGACGCUGCGAGGACGGCCGCUGCGUGUGCGACCCCGGCUACACUGGCGACGACUGCGGCUCGCGGAGCUGCCCGUGGGACUGCGGCGAGGGCGGUCGCUGCGUGGACGGCCGCUGUGUGUGCUGGCCCGGCUACGCGGGCGAGGACUGCGGCACCCGGACGUGUCCCCGAGCCUGCCGGGGCCGCGGGCGCUGCGAGGACGGCGAGUGCAUCUGCGACGCGGGCUACAGCGGGGACGACUGCGGCGUGCGCAGCUGCCCGGGGGACUGCAACCAAAGGGGCCGCUGCGAGGACGGGCGCUGCGUGUGCUGGCCCGGGUACACGGGGCCCGACUGCGGCUCGCGCGCCUGCCCCCGCGACUGCCGGGGCCGCGGGCGCUGCGAGAACGGCGUGUGCGUGUGCCACGCGGGCUACAGCGGCGAGGACUGCGGCGUGCGCAGCUGUCCCGGGGAUUGUCGCGGCCGGGGCCGCUGCGACAAUGGCCGCUGCAUGUGCUGGCCCGGGUACACGGGCCGGGACUGCGGCACGCGCGCCUGCCCUGGCGAUUGCCGGGGCCGCGGGCGCUGCGUGGACGGCCGCUGUGUGUGCAACCCUGGCUUCGCGGGCGAGGACUGCGGAAGUCGUCGGUGCCCUGGGGACUGCCGCGGGAGCGGCCGCUGCGAGGAUGGCGUGUGCGUGUGCAACGCGGGCUACGAGGGAGCGGACUGUGGCGCGCGCAGCUGCCCAGGUGGUUGCCACGGCCGCGGCCAGUGCCUGGACGGGCGCUGCGUGUGCGACGAUGGCUACUCGGGCGAGGACUGCAGCGUAAGGCGGUGCCCGCGCGACUGUAGCCAGCACGGCGUGUGCCAGGACGGUGUGUGCACCUGCUGGGAGGGCUACGCAGGCGAGGACUGCGGCCUCCGUACCUGCGCCUCCAACUGCCACCAGCGGGGCCGCUGUGAGGAUGGGCGCUGCAUCUGCGACCCAGGCUACACUGGCCCCUCCUGUGCCACCCGCACCUGCCCCGCCGACUGCCGGGGCCGCGGGCGCUGUGUGCAGGGAGUGUGCGUGUGCCACGUGGGCUAUAGCGGCCGGGACUGUGGGCAGGAAGAGCCUCCCGCCAGCGCCUGCCCUGGGGGCUGCGGGCCCCGGGAACUGUGCCGCACCGGGCAGUGUGUGUGCGUCGAGGGCUUUCGAGGACCGGACUGUGCCAUUCAGAUGUGCCCUGGGGACUGCCGUGGCAGAGGAGAGUGUCGUGAGGGCAGCUGUGUCUGUCAAGAUGGCUAUGCCGGGGAAGACUGUGGGGAAGAGGUGCCAGCCAUUGAGGGCAUGAGGAUGCACCUCUUGGAGGAAACGACGGUUCGGACAGAGUGGACCCGGGCUCCUGACACUGUGGAUGCCUAUGAAAUUCAGUUCAUUCCCACGACCGAGGGGGUGAGCCCCCCAUUCACAGCUCGGGUACCCAGCUCUGCCUCAACCUAUGACCAGAGAGGACUGGCUCCCGGUCAGGAGUACCAGGUCACAGUCCGUGCUCUUCGAGGGACUAGCUGGGGCCCUCCUGCCUCCAAGACCAUCACCACCAUGAUCGAUGGCCCACAAGACCUCCGAGUGGUGGCUGUGACACCAACCACACUGGAGCUCAGCUGGCUGCGACCGCAGGCUGAGGUGGACCGAUUCGUGGUGUCCUAUGUCAGUGCUGGCAACCAGAGGGUGCGGCUGGAAGUGCCUCCUGAGGCAGAUGGGACGCUGCUAACUGACCUGAUGCCAGGCGUGGAAUAUGUCGUGACCGUCACGGCAGAGCGGGGCCGGGCAGUAAGCUACCCGGCUUCUGUCAGGGCCAACACAGGGUCCUCUCCCUCAGGCCCCUUGGGGGCCACUGAUGAGCCUCUUCCCUCAGGCCCUUCAACAACGCAAGGGGCCCGGGCCCCUGAACUGCAGCAGCGCCCCCAGGAGCUAGGAGAGUUGAGGGUGCUGGGCAGAGACAAGACGGGGAAGCUCCGUGUCGCCUGGACUGCUCAGCCUGACACGUUUGCCCACUUCCAGCUGCACCUCCGGGUGCCUGAGGGGCCAGGGCCACAUGAGGAGCUCCUGCCCGGGGAUGUCCGCCAGGCUCUGGUGCCCUCGCCCCCUCCUGGAGUCCCCUAUGAGCUGUCACUGCGUGGGGUCCCCCCGGAGGGCGAGCCCUCUGCCCCUCUCAUCUACCAAGGCAUUAUGGACAGGGAUGGGCCGAAGCCUGGGAAGCCUUCUGCCCCACCACGCCUGGGUGAGCUAGCAGUGACUGACCAGACCUCUAGCUCCCUGCUCCUGCGCUGGACAGUCCCAGAGGGCGAGUUCGACUCCUUUGUGAUCCAGUACAAGGACAGGAACGGACCCCAGGUGGUGCCUGUGGAGGGGUCCCAGCGCUCAGCCCUCAUCACCAACCUGGACCUGGGACGCAAGUACAAAUUCCUGCUCUAUGGGCUCCUGGGCAAGAAGAGGCACAGCCCUCUGGUGGCUGAAGCCAAGAUUUUGCCGCCGAGUGAUCCCAGCCCAGCAACUCCACCCCGCCUCGGAAAGCUGUGGGUGACAGAUCCUACACCAGACUCCCUGCACCUCUCCUGGACUGUCCCCGAGGGCCAGUUUGACUCCUUCGUAGUACGAUACAGGGACGGGGAUGGACAGCCCCAGGUGAUGCCCGUGGAGGGGCCUGAGCGCUCAGUCAUCGUCUCCUCCCUGGACCCUAACCACAAGUACAGAUUCACUCUGUUCGGGAUUGCCAACAAGAAGCAGCAUGGCCCCCUCACAGCUGAUGGCACCACUACAUCGGAGAAGAGAGAGGAAUCCCUCUACCCAGAGUCCCCAGCGCAGCCCCUGCUGGGGGAGCUGAUGGUGACUGAUGCAACCCCAGACUCCCUGCGCCUGUCCUGGACAGUGACCCAGGGCUCCUUCGACUCCUUUGUGGUCCAGUACAAGGAUGCACAGGGGCAGCCCCAGGCAGUGCCUGUCAGGGGGGAUGAGAAUGAGGUCACCAUCCCUGGCUUGGAGUCCCACCGGAAGUAUAAGAUGAACCUCUAUGGGCUUCAUGGCAGGCAGCGUGUGGGGCCUGUGUCUGUGGUGGCCACCACAGCCCCUCAGGACGUUGUAGAGGAGACUCCUAGUGCCACCGAGGUGGAGGAGACCCCCACGCCUACAGAACCCAGCACGGAGGCCCCAGAGCCCCCCGAGAAGCCCCUCCUGGGAGAGCUGACAGUGACGGGAUCCUCCCCAGACUCCCUGAGCCUCUCCUGGACCGUCCCUCAGGGCCACUUUGACUCCUUCACUGUCCAGUACAAGGACAGGGACGGGCGGCCCCAGGUGGUGCAUGUCCCGGGCGACGAGAGUGAGGUGACCGUUGGGGGUCUGGAGCCGGGACGCAAGUACAAGAUGCACCUGUAUGGCCUGGACAGGAGGCGGCGCGUGGGCCCCGUGUCCACCGUGGGCCUGACCGCUCCACAACUGGAAGAGACUCCAGCCACAGAGCCCCCUCUGGAGCCACGCCUGGGAGAGCUGACAGUGACAGAUGUGAUGCCCAGCUCCAUGGGCCUCGAAUGGACAGUCCCUGAAGGCCAAUUUGACUCCUUCGUGGUCCAGUACAAGGACAGGGACGGGCAGCCCCAGGUGGUGCCUGUGGCCGCAGACCAGCGCAAGGUCACCAUCCCUGGCCUGCACCCUGCCCACAAAUACAAGAUGAAUUUCUACGGGCUCCAUGAUGGGCAGCGCAUGGGCCCCCUCUCUGUGGUAGCUGUGACUGCUCCCCUCCCACCAGCCCCAGCCACAGAGUCCCUCCAAGAGCCACAGCUGGGGGAGCUGACAGUGACAGACGUGACCCUGGACUCUGUUAGCCUCUCGUGGACAGUCCCCGAGGGUGAAUUCGACUCCUUCGUGGUCCAGUACAAGGACAGAGAUGGACAGCCCCGGGGGGUGCCUGUGGCCGCAGACCAGCGUGAGGUCACCGUCCCUGGCCUGGAACCCAGCAGGAAGUACAGAUUCCUGCUCUACGGGCUUCAGAAUGGGAAGAGACGCAGUCCAGUCUCUGUGGAGGCAAAGACAGCUUCCCAAGGUGACGCCAGCCUCGGGGCCACACCCCAGCUCGGGGAGCUGUGGGUGACAGAUCCCACCCAGGACUCGCUGCGCCUCUCCUGGACAGUCCCUGAGGGCCACUUUGACUCCUUUGUGGUCCAGUUCAAGGACAGGGAUGGGCCCCGGGUGGUGCCCGUGGAGGGCCACAAGCGCUCGGUCACAAUUACCCCUCUGGAUGCUGGCCGCAAGUACAGAUUCCUCCUUUAUGGGCUCCUGGGCAAGAGCCGCCAUAGCCCCCUCACUGCCGAGGGCACCACAGAGCCCUGGAGUGAUGUGGAUGAUGCUAGAACAAAGCAUCCCCCAAAGCCCCAUCUUGGGAAGGAGCUACAGGUGACCAGCAUGACAGCAGACUCUGUGAGCCUCGCAUGGACAGUCCCUGAGGGCCACUUUGACUCCUUUGUGGUCCAGUACAAGGACAAGGAUGGGCAGCCCCAGGUGGUGCCUGUGGAGGGCAGCCUCAGGGAGGUUAGCAUCUCGGGCCUGGAUCCGGCCCGCAGGUAUAAGCUGCUUCUCUACGGGCUACACCAAGGGAAACGUGUGGGUCCCAUCUCUACCAUCGCCUUGACUGUGCCCAGAGAACCUAUGAAAGCCGAGGCCCUAAGUCCUCGAAGGCCUGAGCCUCGCUUAGGGGAGGUGACUGUGGAGGAAGCCACGCCAGACACGUUGCAUCUCUCCUGGACUGUGAUGGAGGGCGAAUUUGACUCCUUUGAAGUCGAGUACACAGACGAAGAUAGGCAACUCCAAGUAGUCAGGUUAGAUGGUGACCGGAAUGACAUCAUCCUCUCUGGCCUGGAAUCUGACCACAGAUACCUAGUGAACCUGUAUGGUUUCCAUGGCCAGCAGCGAGUGGGUCCUGCCCACAUCGAAGCCCUGACAGUCCCAAGGGAAGAGGAGGAUGAACCUUCAGAGCCUCCCAUCAAGCCACACCUGGGGGAGCUGGCAGUGACCAAAGCUACCCCCAACUCCCUGCACCUGUCCUGGACCAUCCCCGAGGGCCAGUUUGACCACUUCCUGGUCCAGUACAAGAAUGGGGAUGGGCAGCCCAAGGCGGUGAGGGUGCCAGGGCAUGAAGACGGGGUCACCAUCUCAGGCCUGGAGCCAGACCACAAGUACAAGAUGAACCUGUAUGGCUUCCACGGUGGCCAGCGCAUGGGCCCCAUCUCUGCCAUUGGGGUGACAGCUGCAGAAGAAGAGAUGCCAACCCCCACCGAGGUAGAGGAGACCCCCAGCCCCACAGAACCCAGCACAGAGGCCCCAGAGCCCCCCAAGGAGCCCCUCCUGGGGGAGCUGACGGUGACGGGAUCCUCCCCAGACUCCCUGAGCCUCUCCUGGACCGUCCCCCAGGGCCACUUUGACUCCUUCACUGUCCAGUACAAGGACAGGGAUGGGCGGCCCCAGGUGGUACGUGUCCCGGGCGACGAGAGUGAGGUGACCGUUGGGGGUCUGGAGCCGGGACGCAAGUACAAGAUGCACCUGUAUGGCCUGGACAGGGGGCGGCGCGUGGGCCCCGUGUCCACCGUGGGCCUGACCGACCCUGAAGGGGAGCCCCUUACCAGCACCCUUCUGAAGCCGCACCUGGGAGAGCUGACCGUGAUGGACACCACCCCUGACUCCCUGCACCUGUCCUGGACUGUCCCCAAGGGCCAGUUUGACCACUUCCUGAUCCAGUACAAGAAUGGGGAUGGGCAGCCCAAGGCAGUGAGGGUGCCCGGGCAUGAGGACAGAGUCACCAUCUCAGGCCUGGAGCCAGGCCACAAGUACAAGAUGAACCUGUAUGGCUUCCACCACAGCCAGCGUGUGGGCCCUGUCUCAGCUGUUGGUUUAACUGCUCCAGGAAAGGACCAUGAAAUACCAGCCCCCACAGACCCACCCACCACGACUCCCAAGCCUUCCAUCAAGCCACACCUGGGGGAGCUGGCAGUGACCAAAGCUACCCCCAACUCCCUGCACCUGUCCUGGACCAUCCCCGAGGGCCAGUUUGACCACUUCCUGGUCCAGUACAAGAAUGGGGAUGGGCAGCCCAAGGCGGUGAGGGUGCCAGGGCAUGAAGACGGGGUCACCAUCUCAGGCCUGGAGCCAGACCACAAGUACAAGAUGAACCUGUAUGGCUUCCACGGUGGCCAGCGCAUGGGCCCCAUCUCUGCCAUUGGGGUGACAGCUGCAGAAGAAGAGAUGCCAACCCCCACCGAGAUAGAGGAGACCUCCAGCCCCACAGAACCCAGCACAGAGGCCCCAGAGCCCCCCAAGGAGCCCCUCCUGGGGGAGCUGACGGUGACGGGAUCCUCCCCAGACUCCCUGAGCCUCUCCUGGACCGUCCCCCAGGGCCACUUUGACUCCUUCACUGUCCAGUACAAGGACAGGGAUGGGCGGCCCCAGGUGGUACGUGUCCCGGGCGACGAGAGUGAGGUGACCGUUGGGGGUCUGGAGCCGGGACGCAAGUACAAGAUGCACCUGUAUGGCCUGGACAGGGGGCGGCGCGUGGGCCCCGUGUCCACCGUGGGCCUGACCGAAUAUGAAGCUGUGACCACCCAAGCCCCAUCCACCAUGUCCUCUGAGCCUCCCAUCAAGCCACACCUGGGGGAGCUGGCAGUGACCAAAGCUACCCCCAACUCCCUGCACCUGUCCUGGACCAUCCCCGAGGGCCAGUUUGACCACUUCCUGGUCCAGUACAAGAAUGGGGAUGGGCAGCCCAAGGCAGUGAGGGUGCCAGGGCAUGAAGACGGGGUCACCAUCUCAGGCCUGGAGCCAGACCACAAGUACAAGAUGAACCUGUAUGGCUUCCACGGUGGCCAGCGCAUGGGCCCCAUCUCUGCCAUUGGGGUGACAGCUGCAGAAGAAGAGACGCCAACCCCCACCGAGGUGGAGGAGACCCCCAGCCCCACAGAACCCAGCACAGAGGCCCCAGAGCCCCCCAAGGAGCCCCUCCUGGGGGAGCUGAUGGUGACGGGAUCCUCCCCAGACUCCCUGAGCCUCUCCUGGACCGUCCCCCAGGGCCACUUUGACUCCUUCACUGUCCAGUACAAGGACAGGGAUGGGCGGCCCCAGGUGGUACGUGUCCCGGGCGACGAGAGUGAGGUGACCGUUGGGGGUCUGGAGCCGGGACGCAAGUACAAGAUGCACCUGUAUGGCCUGGACAGGGGGCGGCGCGUGGGCCCCGUGUCCACCGUGGGCCUGACCGGCCCCCAGGAUGAGGUGGAGGAGACCCCCAGCCCCACAGAACCCAGCACAGAGGCCCCAGAGCCCCCCAAGGAGCCCCUCCUGGGGGAGCUGACGGUGACGGGAUCCUCCCCAGACUCCCUGAGCCUCUCCUGGACCGUCCCCCAGGGCCACUUUGACUCCUUCACUGUCCAGUACAAGGACAGGGAUGGGCGGCCCCAGGUGGUACGUGUCCCGGGCGACGAGAGUGAGGUGACCGUUGGGGGUCUGGAGCCGGGACGCAAGUACAAGAUGCACCUGUAUGGCCUGGACAGGGGGCGGCGCGUGGGCCCCGUGUCCACCGUGGGCCUGACCGAAUAUGAAGCUGUGACCACCCAAGCCCCAUCCACCAUGUCCUCUGAGCCUCCCAUCAAGCCACAUCUGGGGGAGCUGGCAGUGACCAAAGCUACCCCCAACUCCCUGCACCUGUCCUGGACCAUCCCCGAGGGCCAGUUUGACCACUUCCUGGUCCAGUACAAGAAUGGGGAUGGGCAGCCCAAGGCGGUGAGGGUGCCAGGGCAUGAAGACGGGGUCACCAUCUCAGGCCUGGAGCCAGACCACAAGUACAAGAUGAACCUGUAUGGCUUCCACGGUGGCCAGCGCAUGGGCCCCAUCUCUGCCACUGGGGUGACAGCUGCAGAAGAAGAGACGCCAACCCCCACCGAGGUGGAGGAGACCCCCAGCCCCACAGAACCCAGCACAGAGGCCCCAGAGCCCCCCAAGGAGCCCCUCCUGGGGGAGCUGACGGUGACGGGAUCCUCCCCAGACUCCCUGAGCCUCUCCUGGACCGUCCCCCAGGGCCACUUUGACUCCUUCACUGUCCAGUACAAGGACAGGGAUGGGCGGCCCCAGGUGGUACGUGUCCCGGGCGACGAGAGUGAGGUGACCGUUGGGGGUCUGGAGCCGGGACGCAAGUACAAGAUGCACCUGUAUGGCCUGGACAGGGGGCGGCGCGUGGGCCCCGUGUCCACCGUGGGCCUGACCGGCCCAGACACGAAACCUCCCAGCCUUGGGGAGCUGAUAGUGACAGACGUGACCCCGGACUCCAUUAGCCUCUCGUGGACGGUCCCCGAGGGUGAAUUCGACUCCUUCGUGGUCCAAUAUAAGGACAGGGAUGGGCAGCCCCGGGGGGUGCCUGUGGCCGCAGACCAGCGUGAGGUCACCAUCCCUGGCCUGGAGCCCAGCAGGAAGUACAGGUUCCUGCUCUACGGGCUGGCGGGCAGGAAGCGCUUGGGCCCCAUCUCUGCCGACAGCAGCACAGCUCCCCUGGAGAAGGAGCAGCAGCACCCACCCCGCCUCGGAGAGCUGACAGUGAUAGAUGAGACCCCCAACUCCCUGAGCCUCUCAUGGACGGUAGCCCAGGGCCUCUUUGAUUCCUUUGUGGUCCAGUACAGGGACCCAGCUGGGCAGCCCCGGGCAGUGCCUGUGGCCAAAGACCAGCGGGACGUCACCAUACAGGGCCUGGAGCCUGGCAGGAAAUACAAAUUCCUGCUCUAUGGGAUCCACGGAAGACAGCACUUGGGCCCCAUCUCCGUCCUGGGAGUGACAGCCCCGGAAGCAGACACACCAGCCCCCUGGAGCCUGGCCACAGAGGCCCCUGAGCCCCCUGAAGGGCCCCACCUAAGGACACUGGCAGUGAGCGACAUAACCCCAGACUCUCUGCACCUGUUGUGGAAUGUGGCCCAGGGCCCCUUUGACUCUUUCGUGGUCCAGUAUCAGGACACAGAUGGGCAGCCCCAGGCCUUGCUCGUGGGUGGCAACCAGAACAAGGUCCUAGUGUCAGGCCUGGAGCCCAGCACCUCCUACCAGUUCUUCCUCUAUGGCCUCCAUGGAGGGAAGCGCCUGGGGCCUAUCUCAGCUGAGGGCACCACAGGGCCUGCUCCUGCCGGUCUGACCCCAGGGGAGCCAGGGCCCCGCCUGUCCCAGCUGUCAGUGACUGAUGUGACCACCAGUUCGCUGCGGCUCAACUGGGAGGCCCCAUCGGAGGCCUUUGAUUCCUUCCUGCUCCGUUUUGGGGUCCCAUCACCAAACACUCUAGAGCCCCACUCACGUCCCCUGCUGCAGCGGGAGUUGACGGUGCCCGGGACGCAGCGCUCAGCCGUGCUCCGGGACCUGCAUCCGGGGACCCUGUACAGCCUUACAUUGUAUGGGCUGCGUGGGCCCCAUAAGGCCGACAGCAUCCAGGGCACAGCCCGUACCCUCAGCCCCGUUCUGGAAAGCCCCCGGGACCUUCAGUUCAGGGAAAUCAGGGAAACGUCGGCCCAGGUCAGCUGGAUGCCUCCACCAUCCAGAGUGGACAGUUUCAAAGUUUCCUACCAGCUGGCAGAUGGAGGGGAGCCACAGAGUGUGCAGGUGGAUGGCCAAGCCCGGACCCAGAAACUCCAGGGGCUGAUGCCAGGCUCUCACUAUGAGGUGACCGUGGUCUCUGUCCGUGGCUUUGAGGAGAGUGAGCCUCUCACAGGCUACCUCACCACAGUUCCUGAUGGCCCCACCCAGCUCCGUGCACUGAACUUGACGGAGGGAUCAGCUCUGCUGCACUGGAAGCCUCCUCAGGCCCCCGUGGACACAUAUAACAUCCGUGUCACAGCCCCAGGGGACCCCCCACUGCAGGCCUCGGCCCCUGGCAGCGCGGUGGAGUACCCUCUGGGGGGCCUGAGGCUCCACACCAACUACACAGCGACUGUGCGUGGUCUCCGGGGCCCCAACCUCACCUCCCCAGCCAGCAUCACCUUCACCACAGGGCUGGAAGCCCCCCAGGACUUGGAGGCCAAGGAAGUAACCCCCCGCACGGCCCUGCUCACUUGGACUGAGCCCCAAGUCCCGCCGACUGGCUACCUGCUCAGUUUCAACGCCCUUGGUGGACAGACACAGGAGGUCCUGCUCCCAGGCGGGGCCACUUCUCACCAGCUUCUGGGCCUCUUUCCCUCCACCCCCUACAGCGUGUGGCUCCGGGCGGUGUGGGGCGGGAGCCUCGCGCCGCCGGUGUCCACCUCCUUCACCACUGGUGGACUUCGAGUCCCCUUCCCUCGGGACUGCGGGGAGGAGAUGCAGAACGGAGCCGGCGCCUCCAGGACCACCACCAUCUUCCUCAAUGGCAACCGCGAGCGGCCCCUCAAUGUGUUUUGUGACAUGGAGACCGACGGGGGCGGCUGGCUGGUGUUCCAGCGCCGCAUGGACGGACAGACAGACUUUUGGAGGGACUGGGAGGACUAUGCCCACGGCUUCGGCAACAUCUCUGGGGAGUUCUGGUUGGGCAACGAGGCCCUGCACAGCCUGACAAAAGCGGGCGACUACUCCAUGCGUGUGGACCUGCGGGCUGGGGACGAGGCCGUGUUCGCACAGUAUGACUCCUUCCGCGUAGACUCAGCUGCGGAGCACUACCGCCUUCAUCUGGAUGGCUACCACGGCACAGCAGGGGACUCCAUGAGCUACCAUAGUGGCAGUGUCUUUUCCGCCCGUGAUCGCGACCCCAACAACCUGCUCAUCUCCUGCGCGGUGUCAUACCGCGGGGCCUGGUGGUACAGGAACUGCCACUACGCCAACCUCAACGGGCUCUAUGGAAGUACAGUGGACCACCAGGGGGUGAGCUGGUACUACUGGAAGGGCUUCGAGUUCUCUGUGCCCUUCACGGAAAUGAAGCUCAGACCAAGAAGCUACCAGCCCCCAGCAGCCCAGGGAGGCUGACCACAGCUCACAUCUCCGGCGCCCCAGUAUGACUGCCGAGCACUGAGGGGUCGCGCUGAGAGAAGAGCCAGGGGCCACCCUCACUAUCCAGCCACCGGAGGAGGGAGCCUUCUCCAUCUGCGAUCUCACAGCACCAUGUUUACAGGGGGGAGGGAAGGGGUUUGUACGGGAGAAAUAAAAGGAGAAACUGAAGCACACA